GGCGGCCGGAGCGCGGGGCGGGCGCAGCGAGCCGGCGCAGCUGUCCGGAAUCAUGACUGAAGAUGACGGAUUCCGUGGUGGUGGAGGGUCACGUCAAGUUGAGAGACGGAAAAAAGUGGAAGAGCAGGUGGCUGGUGCUGCGCAAGCCCUCCCCGGUGGCAGUUUUGCUCCUUUUAGACUGUUUGCUCAUGCUGGUGUACAAGGAUAAAUCUGAACGAGCAAAAGGGCAUAAGGAGAGGAGCAGCAUGACCUUAGAAGACAUCUGUGGCUUGGAUCCUGGGCUCUCCUAUGAGGGCCUGAAUCACACGCUCGCAAUCAUCUGUCUGUCCCAAGUUGUGAUGCUGGGAUUUGAGAACAAGGAAACCAUGUACGCGUGGGAUGUGCGAAUCCGCUACAGUUUGGGGGAAGUUCAUAGAUUUCAAGUCUUUGUAGCCCCUGGCACAAAACUAGAGAGUGGGCCUGCUACCCUGCAUUUCUGCAAUGACAUCCUUGUCCUGGUGAAAGACAUUCCUCCCAGUGUCAUGGGGCAGUGGAAGCUCUCGGAUCUGCGUCGCUACGGGGCUGUCCCGAACGGAUUCAUCUUUGAAGGAGGCACCAGGUGCGGCUUCUGGGCUGGUGUUUUUUUCCUGUCUUGUGCUGAAGGGGAGCAGAUCAGCUUUCUGUUCGACUGCAUCGUCCGCGGCAUCUCCCCGACCAAAGGCCCCUUUGGUCUGCGUCCAGUGCUCCCAGAUCCAAGUACAAACCCAGCCUAUUCAGAAGAAAGAUUGGCUCAUGAAGCUUUGCAAUUAGAAAAGCGCUUGAGCUUGCUGUCUCAUACAAGUCGCCAAGGUAGUGGAGGAGAUGAUAGGAGUAUUUCAAGCUCAUCUUCGGAUACCAGCCACUCGGAUGUCAGCGUUGGGAGCAGGCUGACAGUGUGGCCUGAGCAGUCUUCGGCCAGCACCUCUCAGGAGAGCCAUGGGCUGGCAGCUGCAAAGGGCAUUCACCUGGGAGAAGAGAAGAACCUUCCAGAAGGGGCACGUGGCAUCACUAAACCCCCUCCAAAGCCCCUCCGAUCCAGACAGCUGCAGGAAAUAGGUCGUCAGAGCUCUUCUGACAGUGGAAUAGCUACUGGCAGUCACUCUUCCUACUCUGGGAGCUUCUCUUCCUAUGCUGGGAGCUUAGACAUUUGCCAUGGUGAUGAGUUUGGAUCACUGCUAAGCUUGCCAUUGAACUUUCCUUCAGAUCAGAGUCUAUGUACUUGCCCUCACAGUGAGUCCCAGAGAGGUGUGGGAUCAGAGUAUCAGGUUCCCAGCUCUCUCAGACACGUUUAUGAUAUACCCAGGAGUGUGUUACAGGCAGCUUCUAAAGAAGUGCAACUGAAGAGUGCAGAUUCCACGCUACCCAAGGACCAGGCCCUGCCAGCUCAAGGUGCCAGUGACCCAAGACUGCUACUACCACACUUGGAAGCACGGAGGGGACCUGAGCACAGCCAGCACAGAGGGAGGCCUUCAUCUUUACUCACAGAAAGCAGCAAGGACUCAAGUGAUGAGACAUAUGUGGAUUUUGUUUCAAGGUGGUCAGACACAAAACCACAGGGACAGGUGUCAGACUCCAAAAGUAGUGAGCUGUCACCACCUGGUGGGGCUUCAGCUGACCCCUGUGACACAUGUAGCCCCCACCUUGGGAUGACCAGGGCUCUUUUUUCAUCUUGUCCAAUCUGUGGUGGACUAAAGGGAACAGCAGUAUUACAGUCUGGAGUCUUACCAGCUAUAUCAGGUGGUGCUUCUGUCAUGGCAGCUUCUGGGUCUUUGAAAGUGCAUAGAGGGCACAGUCUCCAAGCUGGUCCUAAAGGUGGGUAUGAGAUGCUAACCCUUCCUUCAGAACCUGGAACUCCAACUAGUUCUGAGGAACCUGAAGGGGCUGUAGGUUAUUCAGCUGAUGUUCCUACACCAGAUCGACCCCACAGUGAGGCAGCCACCUAUGUUAAUAUUCCUGUCAGCCCUACUUCCAAAAAACAGCUUCACUACAUGGAACUGGAGCUUCAAGAAUCUAGCACAAGCAUAAGAGCCAGCAGUACUGGACACAAAUUGAGAAGAACAGGAAAGUAUCUUCCCAGGAAUUUGAUGAAGCAGAACUGUGAUAGUGGUGACCAUAAAGUGACCAGAAGCAAUAGCUGUGGGAAUGCCUCUCCUGCGGUGACAGCCCCGGUUGUGCUGCUUUGGAGCUCUGCAGACAGCAAAUACAGUGGGAACAGUGAACCAGCUUAGAGCCUCUCAUUGCUGUUCUGCCUGGGAAAUUGUCACGGUGCAAGUUGCAGCCUGCAGCUGGCCACAUGUGCAGUGUGGCCUGUGAUGGGAGCCCUGUCCCUCUGUCCAUCAGCAGGGAGCUUGCCCUGAGCACUGCAGGGAGAGACAGAAGAACUGGAUAACAGAAACCUGCUGGCCAAGCAGCAACACUGCCCAUGUGAAGAUGCCAAACUAACUGUGCCCUGCUGUCUCUGCUGUAAGUGGUCAAAGCUGAACAGGGUGAGUUGCUCUGUUCCUAGGCUGGAAGGAGAUGAUGAAAAGUUCAUGGUAUGCUUGUGGCUAAACAGGGUCACUCCUUUUCCUCCUGUAAUCCCAGAAACAUACUGUGGUAGCAUUUUGAUCUGGAAUUCUGACUGUCCUAUUUAGUUACAUUGGCUGUUUUGGUCUUUCAAAAGUUCUAGUACAGCUGUUUGUACUAGAUAUGGCAUUAAAAUGAGAAGAAAAACAAUUCCUAAGAACAUCUCUGGAAAAAUCUUGUUCUCAUCCUGAAUUAAUAAUCAUGAAUAAAAACUUUGUUUUGCAGUUCUGCAAAGAAUAAGGGUCAAUUAGUGCAAGGUCUAAUUGGUGGCAAGGCUUUAGUGACACAAGCAAACUGAGGCUAAUUCAAACGUGGUUUAGGACAUCCAUCCCAGACAUAAACGUGAGACCCAGAACUUGGAUCUGAAAUGGUGGAAAAUGGACUCUCUCCCCACUGAAGAACCAUUUAGUUAAUGGUUUUGGUUCAGAUGUCUUCUUGAAUUAGAAACUGAAAUUUGAAUUUUGACUAAAGGACCCAAUGCCAGGUAUUGUAAAUUAUUGGUUUUCACAUGUGCUUCCAGUUCUCAGUGUGUUUAUUCUUAAAAUAGUGUAGCUCCCUUCUCUCUUUAAAGUGCUUGGAAAAUUUCAACUGUAGCAUGUUAAACAGCAUUUUAUUUUAGUAGGAGGCUUAUUUCAAAGUGAUUCAACACUCACUUUGCCUAUAGAAAUUGGCAGUUUUACAGUGGAGCAGUUAUUGAGAGGUAAACUUGGAGACUGAAAUGGUUAGUUUUAUUAAAAUGGACAGCUUUUGUGAUAAAUUAAUGCAUCAUUGAAGGAACAAAGUUCACAUAUUAAGCAUUAAUAUCUGUGUACUGUUUCUGAUUUAGGAGAGUGCUCUUUUGUUGAGUGGUGGGAUAAUAUACUUGAACAUUUGGAUAUGAAAGUGCUUUAAAGGCUAUUGGUAAAAGCACUUGUAUUGCAAAUGUUGCUGUACCAAAUAUGGCUCAACUUGAAAUAUUUACUGUGGAGAAGGGCUUAUGAAUUUAUUUUGGCUCUACUGGACAGAUUUUAUGAAUGCUUCCAUUUUAUGCCUGUAGAUACUAGUAAAAGAAAUCCAUGCAGUCUUUUUUUGUAGAUGAAUAUCCUGCUUCCCAACAGGCACUAGCUGAAUAGACUGAAAUACAUUAACUGCAUGAUGUAUUUGGAAAUGUUGGUUUUGGUAUUUAGCAGCACUUUGUUAAAGAACAUAAUGCAUACAGAAAAUGCAGCACCCAGCUCUCAGUUACAAAGGUAGGUCUGUUUGUAUUGAAAGCAACAAUCUAUUCUAUUUAUUGACUUACAUUACUUUAUUUCUUCUAUUCUCAUUAAACCCUAUGGAAUGAAAAAAUGUAUUUAAAAUAUAUUUUAGAACUUCUGUGUACUACUUACUGGUAAAUGUUCAGCCAAGAUCAGCUGUUGAGGCAGCACAUUCUGGAAGCUAAGGUGGUUUCUCUGUCUCUUGCUUUUUACCCUAAUCUGCAUUAAGCCUGGCUUGAGGGAACCCCGCAGGGAGAGCUGGACACAGCGAGCAGGAGAGUCCAGGCAAGGAUCCUGCUCCCACCAGAUCCUGAGCACAGGGAUCCCCUCCUGCAGAAACAGGAUCUGAAAAGGCAGAUGCCACUUCACCUGACAAAAUGUAAAUGAUCUCUACUUGGUAAAUUUAAAUAUUCCUGCUAUUGCCAGAUCUAUCAUUCAUCAGGACCCCAUGGGAGGGGAGAGGGGAAAUUAUUGCAGCAAUAAAUCUGCUACAGUGCUGUUCCUUAUCUGUUUUGGUAGAAUGAUGCCAUCUUAGCUGCUGUACCAACAUGUAGGACGUGCUUUUUUAAAGAAAGGCUUGGUUAUUUUGGUUGCAUUUAAUGCCUUAUGUAUUUAUUUC